AUGAAGAAUCCACAGAAACAAGGAGGAAGUAUAGCAAAACUGGAACUGCAACCAACCCUGCCAAUUAUACAUCACCGAAUCAUUUCAACAAACUCCACCGAACUCAACAAAUAUAAUAAUAAUAAUAAUAAUAAUAAUAAUAAUAAUAAUAUGGGCUUCGUAUAUUUUACCCCAGUUAAUAAUAAUAAUAAUAAUAAUAAUAAUACUAGUAAUAGUAAUGGUAAUAGUAAUAAUAAUAAUAAUAAUAAUAGUAAUAGUAAUAGUAAUAGUAAUAGUAAUAGUAAUAAUAAUAAUAGUAAUAGUAAUAGUAACAAUAAUAAUAAUAAUAGUAAUAGUAAUAGUAAUAAUAAUAGUAAUAGUAAUAGUAAUAAUAAUAGUAAUAGUAAUAGUAAUAAUAAUAAUAGUAAUAGUAAUAGUAAUAAUAAUAGUAAUAGUAAUAGUAAUAAUACUAAUAGUAAUAGUAAUAGUAAUAAUAAUAGUAAUAGUAAUAGUAAUAAUAGUAAUAGUAAUAGUAAUAAUAAUAAUAGUAAUAGUAAUAGUAAUAAUAAAAAUAGUAAUAGUAAUAGUAAUAAUAGUAAUAGUAAUAGUAAUAAUAAUAGUAAUAAUAAUAAUAAUAAUAGUAAUAGUAAUAGUAAUAGUAAUAAUAGUAAUAGUAAUAGUAAUAAUAAUAAUAGUAAUAGUAAUAGUAAUAAUAAUAGUAAUAGUAAUAGUAAUAAUAAUAGUAAUAGUAAUAGUAAUAAUAAUAAUAGUAAUAGUAAUAGUAAUAAU